AUGUCAAUCUCAACUGCAGCUCCCACUAUCACUACAACAGCUCCUACAACAACAACUGUAGCUGCUUCUACAACUACUACUGCAUCCCCUCCUGCAACCACAACUGAAGCUCCAUCUACAACAACUGUAGCUCCUUCAAUGCCAAUCACAACUGCAGCUCCUACAACAACAACUCUUAAUCCUACAACCUCUACAACUUCAGCACCCACUACGUCAUUCACAACUGCAGGUCCUUCUACCAAAACAACUCUUGCUCCUACAACCUCUACAACUUCAGCACCCACUACUACAACUGCAGAAGCUCCUACAACAACAACUGCAGCUGCUUCUACAUUUACUACUGCAUCACCUACUGCAACCACAACAGAAGCUCCUUCUACAACAACUGUAGCACCAAUGACUUUAGGAACAACAGUCCCAACGACAACUGCAGCUAAUUCCUCAACUGUAGCUCCUUCAAUGCCAAUCCCAACUGCAGCUCCUACAACAACAACUCUUGCUCCUACAACCUCUACAACUUCAGCACCCACUACAUUAUUCACAACUGCAGGUCCUACUACCAUUUUACCUCCUUCGACAACCACAACAACAUCCACUACAACAACUGUAGCUCCUACAAUCUUCUACUUCAACAACUGUUGCUCCCACGACCACAACUGCAGCAGCUCCUAUAACAACAACUGUAGAUGCUUCCAUAAACACAACAGCAGCACCUACUACGUCAAUCACAACUGCAGCUUCUUCUUCAACAACUGUAGCUCCCACGAUCACUACAACUGCAGAAGCUCCUACAACAACAACUGCAGCUGCUUCUACAUUUACUACUGCAUCACCUACUGCAACCACAACAGAAGCUCCUUCUACAACAACUGUAGCACCAAUGACUUUAGGAACAACAGUCCCAAUGACAACUGCAGCUAA